UUUCUAUUCUUCUUUUUCUUUUCUUGCUUCACCAAUAGAAGCGUAAGAGCAAUUGUUGGUCAUUUCAGUUUCUGCCUUAUGAGCUUUGCGCGAGGUGAACUUCCACGCGGAUUUCCCAUACUGCAAAGUAAUACCUGAUGGGUGCAUCGCUCCAUCGAGCAGACGGCUCAGCAACCUACUCAGCCGAUGGUUACACCGCUGUUGCCGCAGUCAAUGGUCCGUUGGAAGUGCAAAGACGAGAUGAGCUACCGGAAGAAGCUGCUAUCGAGGUCAAUAUUAGACCAGCGAUCGGCGUUGGAAGCACGAGAGAACGACAUCUGGAAAGCCUUAUCCAGUCAACCUUAAAAAGCGUAGUGCUGACGAAGAACUUCCCGAGAACACUAAUUCAGAUUACGGUUCAAAUGAUCAAUACUCCUGACCAGACAUCGAUGAGAAUACCUGGACUUUCCUCGACCUCAUAUCUUCCAGGACUCCCGGUUUUGCUACAAGCAUCUCUUCUUGCCCUAAUCUCAGGUGCUAUACCACUGGAAACGACAUAUGCAGCCAUAGCGAAGCGGCUAUCAGCCUCAUAUCACGUGUUCGUUUUUAGCGGCGAAAAUCAGCUGCUGCUUGCAGAGAGCGAGGGAGAUUUUUCAUUCAAAGACUGGCAGUGCAUUUCGGAAGAGGCCAAACACGAAUGUAUCACCAUGAUACAGGCCAUGAGGAGCAGUUUGGGCGAGUGAAGGGAAUCGUGAUUGGUAUUAAAGUGCUCAGACCUAUAUAAUGUAUUAGUGUUUUUCAAACUGCAAUUGGGUCAGUAUUCCAGCGGCCCAAUACAAGCAACACAGGGACUCUGAACUCCAAACGAGCUCAAGGCAUCUUGACGUCCUCGAAGCUUCGCUUCCAGCCUUGUAACUUGCUGUAUCAAGGCAAAACGGAGAGAUAAUGGAAUGCGAUCAUACAGAAGAAGACCUUGAUGAGGAUAUUUCAAACGGUCACUACGACUUAGAACACAGUCACCUCGUACUGGCUCAGGCAUAACUCAACGAAUUUAGCUAGAAGACAAGCCUAUAUCGGUGUGUAUCCCGUUUCUAAUUAAGUCAAUCAUGGCCUACCUAAUUGGACAAAUUAUGAACAAAGCAAUCGAUACUGGCACUGACCUCAU